UAAAGCAAGUGACCAAGCAUCGAAAAACUUUGUUGGCUACCAGCUACUAAUGCUCCCUCGCCAGUUGUGACAAUGCCGUAAAUUUGGCACACUUUCGCUACGAGACACCGUAAAGGCGCAAACACAAACAAGGCAAACCAACGUGAUGCAGCUCUUGGCAGCGACAGAGAUGAAUUGCCGCGAAGGUGAUGAUGGAGACAUCUGCGGAUGGGCCAGUUCAAUGCUGGUACACGGCAAAAACGACAUCACGGCUGUGACAUCCCGAGUGCAACAGUUUGUGGAGGAGAGGAUGCAGACCACCAUGCUCACGGGUGUCCUGAUAGGUGCCGCCGUCGCAGUCGCGAUGAUCGGGAUUGUGGUGCUCUUCUUGUACAGGAGGUUCAAGCAUGCUCGUGAACAGCAGCCCGGUGUCCGUCAUUAUCGCUUCCGAAAACGAGAUAAAGUGCUCUUCUACGGUCGGAAAAUAAUGCGCAAGGUCCAGACGCUGUCCUCACUUCCUCCCCCUCCUUCGUCGUCUACCUCGGUGUCAAAGCAACCGCAGCGCGUGCGCAAGAGAACCAAAGUUCUUAGCAUUGCUCGCAAAAUCCUUCGUAUCCGCAAGGAUCCUCCUACUCUUCAGCCUAAAGAACCGCCACCCUCUCUGCUGGAGGCUGACCUGACUGAGUUUGACGUGCAGAGCUCCAAUCUUCCCUCUGAGGUUCUCUACAUGCUGAAGAAUGUCAGGGUGUUGGGCCACUUUGACAAGCCGCUCUUCCUCGAGCUGUGUCGACACAUGGUAUUUGUGGAGCUGCAGGAGGGCGAAGGUCUUUUCAAGCCCGGAGAUGACGACGACAGCAUUUACGUGGUCCAGGAUGGGCGACUUGAGCUCUGCAUCUUGGAAAACGAUGGUACAGAAGUGGCGGUGAAGGACGUUCUUCCCGGCGACAGCGUCCACAGCUUACUCAGUAUUCUGGACAUCAUCACGGGUUUUCCAGCUCCUUACAAGACCGUAUCCGCUCGCGCGGCCACACGCUCCACCAUCUUACGUUUACCGGCCUCCGCCUUUGAGUCUGUGUUUAAGAAAUACCCCGAGACACUCGUCCGCGUCAUUCAGAUAAUCAUGGUGCGGCUCCAAAGAGUCACUUUCUUGGCAUUACAUAACUACCUGGGCCUGACCACCGAGCUCUUCAAUCCGGAGAGUCAUGCAGUGCCUUUGUCCAACGUGAACAGUGUGGCGAGUGAGGCAAUCUCUGGCAAGACGACUCGCCGUUUGCACUUUCAAGAUGAGUCGGGUGUGGCAACCGCAGAGAGCCUUGCAGACGCAGAUGGCGUAAAGGACAGUCCUUCGAAUAGCCACAGGAAGCAGCGAUCCAUCUCGAUGCCGCCCGACAGCGCAGGUGACAUGACGAUGGCAUGCGAGCGGGCUCGGGUCAACAUCGAUGAGACUCCGCCCAGUCCUGCCACUCAGAAGUCUAGCCUGAAGAAAAGCGUAACCAUGCAGCAUACGCCCUCUGAGGUGUUUCACUACACGGACAGCGGGGGGCAGUCCGACGCCAUCCACCUGAGCAAGAGCGGAACAAUCUUCCAGGCUGCGAAAAAAGACCUGCUGGGGAUCAUCCAGUUGCAGGAUCCGAGCCUCCUUGAGGGAAGAGUGACCCUCCACCAAGUCAAAGCUGGUUCGGUGGUGGCUCGUCAAGGCGAUCAGGAAGUGAGCAUUCAGUUUGUUAUUUCAGGCCUACUCCAUGUUUACCAGAGAAUGAUCGACCGCGAGGAAGACACGCGUCUUUUUGUGACGCACCCCGGAGAGCUUGUCGGUCAACUUGCCGUCCUGACCGGAGAGCCCCUCAUAUUUACAGUCCGAGCCCAACGGGACUGCAGCUUCCUCUCCAUUUCCAAAUCCCAUUUCUAUGAGAUAAUGCGCGCAGAGCCAAAAGUCGUGCUGAACGUCGCCCACACAGUGGUGAGGAGGAUGUCAUCUUUUGUCAGGCAGAUUGACUUUGCGCUCGAUUGGAUGGCCGUGGAAGCUGGCAGGGCCGUCUACAGGCAAGGAGAGAAAUCCGACAGCACUUUCAUUGUGCUCAGUGGACGACUGCGCUCCGUAAUCAUGAAAGAGGACGGCAAGAAAGAAUUAAUAGGAGAGUAUGGCCGCGGUGACCUGAUUGGAGUGGUGGAGGCCCUAACCCAUCAAAACAGAGCCACCACUGUCCAUGCAGUCCGGGACUCCGAGCUCGCCAAACUGCCCGAGGGCGCUCUCAGCUCCAUCAAGAGGAAGUUCCCGCAGGUUGUCACCAGGCUCAUCCACUUGCUUGGACAGAAGAUACUCCAGCAGGUUAAUCUUCCUCUAACUGGUCGCAGUUUGGCACUGCACACCCCUGGCAGUAAAUGGGACGCGGGCAACCAGGCCUCCAACCUUUCCACGGUGGCAGUCCUGCCCGUCUCUGAGGAGGUGCCGCUCACCGCCUUCACGCUGGAGCUGCAGCAUGCGCUCCUCGCGAUAGGUCCCACUCUUUUAUUGACCAGUGAUAUCAUUAAGCAGCGCCUUGGAGCUGCAGCACUAGACAGUGUUCAUGAAUAUCGUCUGUCCAGCUGGUUGGGCCAACAGGAAGACAUCCAUCGAAUCGUUCUCUAUCAAACCGACUACACGCUGACCCCGUGGACCCAGCGGUGCAUUCGUCAGGCCGACUGCAUCAUCAUUGUGGGCCUGGGCGAGCAGGAUCCUGCUGUCGGAGAGCUGGAGCGCAUGCUGGAAGGAAGUGCCGUGCGCGCCCAGAAGCAGCUGGUGCUGCUGCACAAAGAAGACGGCCCCCCUCCCAAGGGCACAGUGGACUGGCUUAACAUGCGCAGCUGGAUCUCCAGACACCUCCAUCUAUCAUGUCCGCGACGGGUCUUCUCCAAAAGGAGCCUGCCCAAACUGAUGGAGCUGUAUCAGCGUGUUUUUGAGAAGCCAGCAGACCGCCACUCAGAUUUUUCCCGAUUGGCCCGGGUCCUCACUGGGAAUGCCAUUGCCCUCGUCCUGGGUGGAGGCGGGGCCAGAGGUUGCUCCCAGGUGGGAAUCUUGCGAGCGCUCUGCGAAGCUGGCAUCCCAGUCGACCUCGUGGGCGGCACUUCAAUUGGUUCCCUGUUGGGGGCGCUCUACGCCGAGGACCGCAGCCACAGCCGGAUGAGGAUGAGGGCACGAGAAUGGGCAAUGGAAAUGACUUCAGUGUUCAAGAAGGUUCUCGAUUUAACAUACCCGGUCACUUCCAUGUUUUCUGGCGCCGCCUUCAACUCCAGCAUCAGCAACGUCUUCAAGAGCAAGCAAAUUGAGGACCUUUGGAUACCGUAUUUCAAUAUCACAGCUGACAUCAGCGCCUCGGCAAUGAGAGUGCACACUGAUGGUUCUCUCUGGAGGUAUGUUCGAGCCAGCAUGUCGCUUUCGGGGUACCUGCCUCCUCUCUGUGACCCGAAAGAUGGACACCUGCUUAUGGAUGGGGGUUACAUCAACAACUUGCCAGCUGAUGUGGCACGCUCCAUGGGGGCCAAAGUGGUGAUAGCUAUCGACGUGGGCAGCCGCGAUGAAACCAACCUCACUAAUUACGGCGACUCGCUGUCAGGCUGGUGGCUGCUAUGGAAACGCCUCAACCCUCUGGCUGAGAAAGUCAAGGUGUUGAACAUGGCAGAGAUUCAGACCCGGUUGGCCUACGUGUGCUGCGUUCGACACCUUGAGUCGGUGAAGAGCAGCGACUACUGCGAGUAUAUCCGACCCCCCAUCGACAGAUAUCGGACGCUGGAGUUUGGGAAGUUUGAUGAGAUCGCUGAGGUGGGAUACCAGCACGGCAAAACUGUGUUUGACGUGUGGAGUCGCAGUGGAGUGGUGGACAAAAUGCUGAAAGACAGACACCAGGAGGAGUUUCACAACACGCAAUGCAAGAAUAACGUGUUGACGUGCCCCAACGCUUCCUUCACUGACUUGGCGGAAAUCGUCUCCCGCAUUGAGCCUGUCAAACCAGCCCUGGUGGAUGAGGAGUCAGACUACCACACUGACUAUGACGAGGAGGCAGUGGAGAGCGCACUCUCUGACCUGGAGCUAUACGGUCACUAUGGAGAGCAUACUGAAGGGGAGGAGACUGCGGACACGGAUGAAGAUAUGGAUGAACGAAGUAUCCGACCCGUCAAUGCGGUAUCCGGUCACGGACACUCCCUGAACAUCUCAGCCAACCAGGAAGUACUAUCCAAACGUUCCGCCAAGUAAUGAGUGCAAUAACGAAAGAACAUUUAAGACCACCACGUUUGCCUCAGUCAGCACUCCGGUUUCGACAUCAUGACUCUUAGCGAUUAGCCUUCAUUCAGCUUCAAGUCCCGCUCGUUCCCAAAUUGUCAUCACUUCUCAUAUUGAGAUGGUCGAGCUUUGGAUUGCAAUUAGUUAACAAGUUAAGGAAUUGCAAAUUUGGCACCACCAGGCCUUAAUACUCCUCUCAAUUAACAACCUAAGCCGAAUACAGUAUUCCCCCCCCCCUCCCCCAACCACAACUUCUUAGAAAACAAAUUUUGUGCCAUACCUAAAGACACUGGAGGGAGCAGCAAAGUUGGACAAAAAAAA